UUGUUUACGUUUUUUUUUCGAGUCUCUCAAAGUGAAUUUUAAUUGAAAAUCUUUAAAAAUGGGCAAAAAAGAUAAAAACAAGAAGAAAGGAAAAGGAGCUGAAAAGACUCUCGUGAAGACAGAUAAAAAACUUGUUGCCAAAAACAAGAAACUCCUUCAAAAACUCGGCGAAGAAGAUAUUCAAGACAUCAUUGCAAAACAAGAACAAGAAUUAUCUCAAGUAAAAACUGUCGAACUUUCGCCUGUUGCUCCGCCAUCAGCCCGUUCAAGUUUCGGGUUAACGAGUUUUAAGGAUGACAUGAUAAUGUUCGGCGGAGAAUUCUUCAAUGGACAAAAGACAGAAGUUUACGGCGAUUUCUAUUUUUUUAAUACUGUGAAAAAUGAAUGGAAACUCGUUAAAGCUAAAGGACCAACGCCUCGUUCAGGCGCUGCUUUGUGUUCAGUUGAAACAGAUGGAGGUCAAUUGUGGUUGUUUGGCGGCGAAUAUCAAUCUCCGUCGCAAAUACAGAUCAUUCAUUUCAAAGAUUUGUGGGUUUAUCGAUUAAAGACAAAAGUUUGGGAGAAAGUCAAUGCUCCAAAUGGACCAACUGCUCGUUCAGGACAUCGUAUGGUAGCUUCGAAGAAGAAAUUGUUCGUUUUCGGAGGUUUUUACGAUAAUAAUGCGACAUACAAAUAUUAUAACGACUUGUUUGUGUUCUCAUUGGAGACUUAUACAUGGCUUAACAUUCAAGUAAGCGGAAAUGCUCCAUCUCCAAGAUCAGGAAUUUGCUUUGCUGCUGCGAACGAUGGAAAAAUUGUCGUUUGGGGAGGGUUUAGCAAAAGUCCUGUGAAAAAAGGAAUCGAUAGAGGAGUCACGCAUGGAGAUAUGUUCACUCUUGUUCCUGAAAAGGGAGACACAACAGGCUUAAAAUACAAAUGGAAUCUUGUCAAACCAGGAGGAAGUAAACCCUUACCUCGAAGCGGUAUGAGUAUUGCUGUUGCUGCAAAUGGAAAAUGUUACAAUUUCGGCGGAGUACUCGAUACGAAGGAAGAUGAAGAAGAUAUCGAAGGUCAAUUUGGUAACGACUUACAUUGUCUUGAUCUUUCAACUCUUGUUUGGCGUCGCAUGGAACUCAACAAGAAAUCAUCUGAACCAAAAAAGACUGAAAUGGAAGUUGAACCCGUUGAAGAAGUCAAAACAGUUACGAACGAACUUGGAUUUACAGUUACUGUUGGAGGUCCAAGCACGAAAACAUCUUCUGCCAAAUCCGAAUCUAACGAAGGUCAAAAUAAAGGAUUUCCAUCGCCGCGAAUGAAUGCCGGAAUAGUUGUUAUCAACAAAAAUUUGUAUCUUUACGGAGGAAUUUACGAACAAGGACAUCGACAAUACACAUUAAGUGACUUUUAUUCGCUCGACGUGAACAAAAUGGAUUCUUGGAAGACAUUAAUUGCCAAUAGCAACACGCAAGAAUGGGUUGGAUCCGAUAGCGAAGGAAGUAGCGACGAAGAUGAUGAUGAGGAAGACGACGACGAUGACGACGAAGAAGAAUCUGGCGUCAGUGACGAGGAUUCAGAUGAAAGUGACGAUAUGGAAACAGAUUAAAUAGCAUUUUUAUUCUUACAUUUUGUUACAAUAUAAAAUAAUACACGAAAAAUAGCACACUUUCGUUAAAAUAUUUUCGGGUUAGUCAAGUCGUUACAUUUCAUAAGUAGAAUCUGAGUAUUUUUUUAUAUCUUAUGUUUUUAAAGAUACGUUGGAGGUGCUUUGUUCAUUAUUGUGCUUUCAGGUCUUUUCCAAUUGUCGUCAAAACCACAAGCAACA